AUUACACUACGUAAUGCAUGUGUGCUAGACCCGGAAAAUGUCAUACUUCUCAACGAUAACCAACGAGCUCGCCGUCGUCCUUCUGCUCAUCGCUGCCGCGCUUCUCGUCGUUGUUUUCUGUUUGAUUUGGAUGUUAAAGUGCAGGAAGAGAUCAUCCCAACCACCGAUCCUUCCCACGGUAUCACGAAUCGAGGAGCCAUCGUGUACAAAUGACGCCUUCGAUGCCAUCGAAGACACCUCGGCUCGGAAGAUUGAAGAACGUCGCCGAGCACGUCAGCAGGCGCUUCAGUACUCGCCGAGAGCUGAUUUGUCGCUGAGAAAAAUCGAUCCAGAAAUUGGAAAAGCGUUGGCCGUGGAGCAAUUGAUGCGUGAUUCGCUCGUCUUCGACAGCCUUCCCCGUCCGCCACGUGGCAAUGUGGAAAUCGUGGCCGCCAAGCGAGACUAUCUCUGAAAUUGGCUGAAAAUCGCUAAAAUUCAAGAAAAUUUUUCAAUUUUUCCUGUUGCAUUCCAUAUCUCUUGUACAAUUUUCACUUCUGUUCUCUGAAAUUUUUCGCGCCCCCCGCAACUGUUACCGGUAUUUUGUUUCCCCAUCACAUUCCCCCGUUGUCCAAAAAAUUUUAUUGCCAUAGGCUUUGCCCUCCCCUUUCCAACGGGUUUUUGUUGCACAUUUUUUUCGGUUUUAAUCAAUAAUAAAGAUUCUAGUUUUCG